GUUUUGAGUUUUUCUCAAUGAUUCUCUCUCAAAGUCAUAGAAAAACUGUUUGCACAGCACUCACUGUGCUUGGUUUUGACGGCUUAAUGAGAACACAGCUUGCAGUCUGCGGCGUUACCUAAAUGUAUAGGCAUGGGCUGCUGGCUCAGCUGCUUUGUUAUUUCUGAUUGUGGUACAAACCACAAGUUUGUGUCUGGAGAGAGUUACAACUGAUGUUUUCAUUCAUAUUCAAUAUCAAGGAUACAGUUAGAUGAUUCAAGGCUGGAUUCAUGUAACAGUGAUUAGGAUACGGUACUCAAAUGGUAGAUUGAAGUCGGGAAGUAGUCCAUAAUAUGUAGACUGUAUGACUAAUUACAGACAACAGUAGCAAUGAAGGAAGUCUGUACUAGCCUAGCCAGACAUGCCAGAGCGGAUUUGUUUAUAGAGAUUGAAUGGUACUACAUGUACCUUAUAGGAGAGGAACUUUUAAUUUUGUGUGCUAGAUUGUUCCUGUUGCUUUUGGUGAUCUUUCUGUUGCUAAGGAACUAUUUGCUGAAUACCUCAUGUUACUGUUGUUGCUAAGGGGAUUUAUGUUGCUAAGCAAGCUGUGACAGUUGCUAUGGAAAUAGGUACGGUUGUGAUUGAGUCAAAGUUGGAUGUGUUCUUUAUGAAACCAUUGCAGUGGGAUAAACAUUACUGAUGAAACAUGAUGACUGUUGCUAAGGAGAUGCAAAGUGUGUUGCUAUGGAUAUCUUUUCCUUAUGUUUCUGUUGCUAAGGACAUCUUCCUAGUUGCUAAGGGGGUUGAUACAAUAAGUCAGAAUGUAGUCACAGCACUCAUUAGUUGGGAGGUUCCUCAUAACACCUUGUCAUAAUUUGCAUUUUCAAUAUCGUCGCUAAGGAAUCUGUUACCAUGCCGAUAAGAAAUCGCAAUGGAGACCUUGACCUUGAUGCUGCCCAAGUAUUCGUAAGGAUAUUAUCUAGAAUUCUCUUCAACAAAGCAUUUCUGCUCUCGGUGAUGAUGGUCUGCGUUGUGUAUAAUGUUUAUAUUAACUUCUCGUCGGGGUAUUAUGUGGAAAGGCGGAAAGAGGUCAAGAUCGAACUCAAUAAUCUCGAAUAUAAGAUCAAAUCGAUAGAGAGCAUCUUAAAACGCAACCAAAAGACAAUAAACUUGAUAAAAGAUACGGUGAAGGAUCUCAGCGACGGAGAUGCCGAGAGUAUUUCUCGCUUAAAAGGAAUAUUCAACGACGACGCCAUUGUUAAAAUGAACCAAGAAGUGGCGGCACCGAAAAAUCAAAAUGGUGGUGGGAAGUUGGUGGUCGCUGCAGGCCCGCGGAGAGUGAUAGGGGUGCCCGCGGGCAUGUGUACGUUUGCAGAGACGCCCGCUUUGGAGCCGAAGGUUCAGAUGUUAGAUGUCUUCAACACUAUUCCAUUUGACAAUAAUGACGGGGGCGUAUGGAAACAGGGGUUCCCCAUCACAUACCCCCUCGACCAAUGGAACGAGCAGCCACUUAAAGUAUUUGUUGUGCCACAUUCACACAACGAUCCAGGUUGGAUCAAAACAUAUGAAAAAUAUUACCAAGACCAAACAAAGUUUAUAUUUGAGAAUAUGUUACCAAAACUAGAGGCCGACAAGCGUAGGAAGUUUAUAUAUGCUGAGAUGUCUUUUUUGAAUCUAUGGUGGAAUGAUAUCGAUGAGUCGAAAAGGAAGAGAUUAAAAAACCUUAUAGACAAUGGUCAGCUGGAGAUAGUGACCGGCGGCUGGGUCAUGAACGACGAGGCCAACACCCACUAUUUCUCCAUGAUAGAUCAGAUGAUAGAAGGCCAUGAGUGGCUGAAGAAUCAGCUAGGUGCGAAGCCUGUCAGCGGCUGGGCCAUUGACCCCUUCGGCCACUCCUCAACAAUGGCGUACCUCCUAAAAAAGAUGGGCCUAAAAAACAUGCUGAUUCAGCGCAUUCAUUACUCAGUCAAGAAACAUUUAGCUAAAAAUAAGGAGUUGGAGUUUAUGUGGAGGCAGACGUGGGACCACUCCGGUGGGACCGACAUCUUCACCCACAUGAUGCCCUUCUACAGCUACGACGUGCCCCACACCUGCGGGCCCGACCCAAAGAUCUGCUGCCAGUUUGAUUUCAAGAGGUUGCCGGGGGGGACGGUGUCGUGUCCCUGGAGGGUGCCACCUCAGCUUAUAAAUGAUGGAAAUAUAGAGGAAAGAGCGCACACUUUACUGGACCAGUAUAGGAAGAAAGCACAGCUCUACAAGAGUAACGUUGUCCUGAUCCCACUUGGGGACGACUUCCGAUAUAACACGGGCACAGAGUGGGACCAGCAGUUUAUCAAUUAUCAAAAACUGAUGGAUUAUAUGAACAAGAAAAAGGAUUGGAACGUCCAGAUUCAAUUUGGAACACUCACUGACUACUUUAACGCCAUCUAUGAGAGGAACAAGGUACAACCAGGCGCCAGCGUACCAGACUACCCGACACUGUCUGGCGACUUUUUCACGUAUGCUGAUCGGGACGACCAUUAUUGGUCGGGUUAUUACACGUCAAGGCCAUUCCAUAAACGAUUGGAUAGGGUUUUAGAGGGUCAUUUACGGGGUGCAGAAAUUAUCUUCACGCUAGCACAAUCGCUAGCCAGGAAGGUGAAAAAUACAGGCUUCCCAGUGGCGCGCCUGAUGAAAGCUUUAGUCUCUGCGAGACGUUACUUAGGGUUGUUCCAGCAUCACGACGGGAUUACCGGGACAGCGAAGGAUAAUGUGGUCGUCGAUUAUGGGAAUAAAAUGUUGAAAUCGUUGAUGGAUACCAAAAGUAUCAUCGUGGAAUCUGCUGCGUUCCUGCUGAAUAAGAACCCGUCUGCUGCCUCGUUCAAUGACGACAAAUAUGUGUUUAACGUCGAUGAGAAACGAGAAAGUCAUGAUGACUUGCCUGAUAAAACUGUGAUAUCUAUAACUAGCACACCUAUUUGUGUUGUGUUUUAUAACUCUCUCAGUGUCACUCACGAUAGUCUUGUACGCAUUUACGUGUCGUCACCUUAUAUCAAAAUAACGGAUGAGAUCGGCCAAAUCGUCGAGGCCCAGACUGAUCCCUAUUGGCUGAAUAAUGAGGAUAUGUCUAACACUGUAUAUAAGGUUGUGUUUGUAGCCAAAGUGCCUGCCAUGGGUCUCGUGAAGUACACCCUGACACUCACCGGGACUGACGAAGCUGCUGUACACAACAAAUUCUCCACAGUUACCAUGUAUAAUGUUAACAGUCACAUGGCUUAUAAUAGUGGUCCGUUCUCCAUCGUCAAGAAGCUGAAGGGAGAGACAUUCUCAUUGGAGAACCCAUAUGUCAAGGCCGAGUUUAAUGGAGGCAAUGGGAUGUUGACGGCCAUCACUAACCUCGAAGAUCAUCAGAGGACUGAGACAAAUGUGCAAUUUCUAAAGUACGGCACGAGGAACGGUCGUGAGAAACCAGGGGCGUAUCUCUUUCUCCCAGAUGGAGAAGCUACGCCAUUAGCAUACACGCGUCCAUUCAUCAGAGUCGUCAAAGGCCCCCUCCUACAAGAGGCCCAUGUUUUUCUCCCCCACGUUGAGCACAUUGUGCGGUUAAAGAAUUCCCCUGGGAUUGACGGGAUGGCAGUCGAAGUUCACAACAUCGUGGAUAUCCGGGGGACGGUGAAUAUGGAACUGGCCAUGAGCGUGCAGACAUCGAUACGGAACAAAGAUAAGGAAUUCUUUACGGAUCUUAAUGGUUUCCAGAUGAUUCGGCGUAAGAAACAAGAUAAAUUGCCAAUCCAAGCCAAUUACUACCCGCUUCCCAGCCAAGCAUAUCUCCAGGAUGAUGAGGCAAGAUUUAGCAUCCUGACUGCUCAGUCACUCGGGGUUGCCUCUCUAAAACAAGGGCAAAUUGAGGUGAUGUUGGACCGGCGUUUGAACCAAGACGACAACCGAGGUCUCGGUCAGGGUGUCCUCGACAACAGACGGACGCCCAAUAAAUUCCUCUUCCUGGCAGAGAAAAAACAAACAAAUAAGAAACCAUCGCCUCUCCCGGUGGGCUAUCCCUCGAUCACCUCACAUCUUCUUGCCAACCAGCUGGUACACCCUGUAUUCGUCCUCCCACAAAACCCCGACGCCAGCGCCGCCAACCUCGUCCGCAUAUACAAACCACUGGAACGGGACCUCCCAUGUGACAUACAUCUUUUGAAUUUACGUUCGAUGCAGAAUGCGGAGAGUAACCCGGAUAUACGGUUCCGGCCAAAGGAAACUGCCGCGCUGCUGCUGCAUAGAUUAGGGUUUGAUUGUCAGUACCCUGGGAAGGGGUUAAAGUGUGAGGUCUCAGAUAGUGGCCAGCUCCACAUUUCCAAGCUUUUCAAGGAUUUCAACCUCGCACGUUUACAAGAAGUUUCAUUAUCACUGCUGCAUGAUGGGAAGGAAUUGGACCCGUCGGACAUGUUGGAAAUCAACGCCAUGGAGAUAAAUUCUUAUAAAGUUGAGCUGAAGUAAUCAUGAAAAUCCAUCCUUUGGGCCCAAUAAGGAUGGAAGGAAAUCCAUACUUUUGAAUUGGUUUUGGAAAUUUAUCCUUUCGAUUGUUGAUUCGAACUCCAAACUUAGGAAUUAUCAGUUGUUUAAAUAGAUGUUCAUCUUCUUAAAUGGAGUACAUGAUUUUGAAUUCAGUUUUAAAUCGCUGUUCAUCCUUUUGAGUGGGAUGUCAUCUAAAAAGUUCCACAUUAGCUAGAUAUUUCUACGGUAACUUCCAUGACUUAGGACAUUUCCAAUUUCUAAGAUUUUCACUGUUUUGAAUGUCACUUUGGAGUAACAGUAUAAAGUGUAUGGAGAUGCAAGAGAAGGUGUUAGUGUCAGACGGUUUGUGAAUACCCAGAUUUAUUCAUGACUCAUAACUUAAGUUGAGCUUGAAAUGAUGUGCUUGUAUUAUUUCCCAUGGUGCCUUUGGUAAGACAUGCAUAUAUAUGUAUACAGCAAUGAAGUCUGUUGAUAAAAAUUGUAUGAAUUCUCUCAAUUUACUUAACAAAACUAGUGUGACAAAUCAUGGUGUCUUACACAGAGUUGUGAUUGUGAUAGAAAGAUUUCUAUUUUGGCGAUGUAAUGAAACGUGCUCUGAAUUCUAUUUUGAGAUAACACACAAACACGCAGUUCAUUCAGUUUAUGUGGUAGUUGUACUUAACUCUUUAAUAUAGAGGUGUCCGAUAAGAGAGGUCAAAUUAAAAGGAUUCAAUCAAUUUGGGACCAGAGUAGUGUCCUUAAUAGAGAGGGUGUCCCUAUUAGAGAGGGUGUGUAUAAUAGAGAGGUGUCUGCAAACGGAGAUUCCAGUCUAUUAUUUGUGAUGGGUAGAUAUUCUGCUAUCUGUAUAUUCUGGCAAUGAAAAGUUGUGAGACAACGUAUUUUGAUAAGUUUUUUCAUUUUUUUGCUGAUUUUGUCAUUCUGUCGGCUGGCUUCAUGUAGCAGUAAUUUUUACCAGGAGAUGAAAUGUACAAUUAUCAUAUUAAAAGAUGCUAACAUGGUGUCAAAUGCAGCAGAGGACUCACUUUUUUAGGUAUUAGUACUUAUAUUAUCAAUCCGAAGAGGAGAAAAGCUUAUGUAGCUGUAUGUAUUGAAUAACAAAUCACUGAAGUUUAAAAAACAUGCCUUUAUGCCAAUUUAUUUGGACACCCUGUACAUGUAUCUCAUUCUGAAAUGAAACAGGUGAUAAAGUAUUUCCAACACUAUACUCUCUUAUAGCUGAUAAGUGACAAUGCAGGUACUUAGUUUGUUAACAAUCCUCAGAUUACAAUCAAACUCGGUCAUACGGAUUCUUACAAUUAUUAUAUUUAUCCUGGUAUUCUGAAAAUAUGCAGCUGAAUGUGUCAAAAUACUGUCGACUGCCAAAUUUUGUCUCAAGUGUAAUCUGUAGUAAAUUUGUUAUCUUUACCUGGGGUGUUAUAUUUAUAUAAUAUGUUUAGUCUCUGGCCAGUCCAGAGUAUUUCUGUAUAGGCUUAUGGAGGGAAUCUUGAAUGUGGUGUUAUGUAACUCUUUGUAUAUAAUGAGGCCGACGCCCAGUGUUUGGCAGUGCCAUAUAGACCAGUCAAGGAAUAACAACACCUUCAUAUAUUAUAUCGUCUCUAUUUCAUUCACCACCGUAUUGAAGUACUCGGAGUUACUGCCAGAUAGGGGUAACACAAGGAUUUUGCAAAUAACUGAAAUUUGCAAAUCAUGAAAACGGUAAAAAUUAUUUUUAUUUUCAAUCUUUUUCCUUUAAUCUGCCAAAAAUAAGAUAUUGAAUUAUCUUUCUCAAAUUGCCAAAAAAGAGGCACAAGAAGUUUGGCAGUUGACAGUAGUCUAAGCUCCUAAAAUAAAUCUGCAAAUAUGUAGAAAUAGCUCACUUAACUGUAGUAUUUUUCAGAUUUUGUUGUCAGUGAGGUGUUGAUUUAGUUCGUCGUCGGUGAAUUAAAUGUUGAUUUAGUUUAUUUAAUACCAUGUUGUACUUAUGGGAUUUUGUGAAAUGUGUUACAUUUAGAUGUAGAUUUAGUUUGAUUCACAAUACUUGUGAUACUAAUGCAGCCUUAGUCGAAAGUUUGGUCUCAAGUUAACAUUUGCAUACUGCUGACUAUGCAUAUCUUAUGUAAAUAAAGGUUGUACAUUUCAGAGAGUGGAUUGGAAAAUAAAGUGAAUGAUGUUUCUA